ACAGAGCCAAAGAAAAAAGAGAUUCUAAAUGGUUUCGCUGCGGCAAAAGAAGAAGCAAAAUCCAGCUAAGCGAGCAUGGAAGAGCUUCACAAACAUGGUCAAGUCCAAACUCAGAGACAUCGAGAUCGCUGCAACUGUCAGAGAAUCAACGGCUCGUGUCAUUCGUUUCCUCUCUUGCCGUCUCAUCGUUCCUUUCCGAACAAGGUACCUCGAAAACACUAGCUAUUCAGACAGAUACUACAGCCGCAGCAACAACCAAACUUCUCGGCGGUUUCUCAACUUCUUCUCACGAUCUCAAAACAAAACAAAGCGUCGAAGCUAUGCUUAUGAUGAUGACGACUACUCUCAAGUCUAUCAUUACCAAAGCCAGUCACGCCGUGAAGGGACGAGUGAGAGCAAAGAGAAAGUUGUGAGGCGAAAAGAGGAGAAAGUUGUGAGGCGACAAAAGGAGAAAGAAGAAGACUCAGAAGAAGGGAUGCCGGAGAUUGCUGAUUCGAUGGAAGAUGCGUGGAGGAGAGUGGUGGCUGCUUCGCCUCAUCUGAGGGUUGACGAGAGAGCCGACGAGUUCAUCUACAAGUUUAGAGAAAGUAUGAAGAUGGAGAAGGAAAGGUCGUUUCUUGAGUUUCAAGAAAGGUUAAAACGCAGUGCUUGAUUAAUUGAAUCAUGUCUGUCUUCAUGUUAUUCUCUUGAAAAGGACUGAUUGAAUUUUCUGAGCAACAUCGUGUUCUCGUUCUUUCAUCUUUUAUUAAACUUUGGAUAAUUUCAAGUGUUAAUUUUUUUUUUCCUUUUUUCUGAUGUAAUGUGAAUACAUAUGGCUCACCACUCUAAAGUUGGAUGCAUGAGGUGGUUAAAGAUCAUUCUUGAUUAAUGUUGAUGUAUAAACAUUGUUUUUUCUACCAUAUACAAUACUCAAGAAGUGC